CAGUUUUUCUCUUGGGUUUGUCCUCACCCAAACGCAACCAUAAGGUUCCUACCGCAUCCUCCUCCUCCUUCUUCCCUCUCCUUCCGCUCGAGUAUAUCCCGUUUUUUCGGUUUGGUUUGGUCCCGCAAAUUUUCAAAUAUUUACUUCCUGUAUAUCAAGAGGAAAGGGGGUCCCCCUUUCAUGGAAUGCGGAAACAUGGGUCUGUUCGACCGCGGAGUCCAGAUGCUGCUGACCACGGUGGGAGCCUUCGCGGCCUUCAGCCUCAUGACCAUCGCGGUCGGCACGGACUACUGGCUGUACUCCCGCGGCGUCUGCAGGAGCAAGUCCAUGAGCGAGAACGAGACCAGCAAGAAGAACGAGGAGGUGAUGACCCACUCGGGGCUGUGGAGGACGUGCUGCUUGGAAGGAAACUUAAAAGGGAUGUGUAAACAGAUAGACCACUUUCCUGAGGAAACAGAUUAUGAAGCGGACCCAUCUGAGUACUUCUUACGUGCGGUGCGAGCCUCCAGCAUCUUCCCCAUCCUUAGUGUCAUCCUGCUCUUCAUGGGAGGCCUGUGUAUAGCUGCCAGUGAGUUCUACAAGUCACGCCACAACAUCAUCCUCAGCGCAGGAAUCUUCUUUGUGUCUGCAGGCCUGAGCAACAUCAUUGGCAUCAUCGUCUACAUAUCAGCCAACUCGGGGGACCCUUCAAAAAGCGACUCGAAGAAGAACAGCUACUCUUACGGGUGGUCCUUCUACUUCGGUGCCCUCUCUUUCAUUAUGGCUGAGAUGGUGGGCGUCUUGGCUGUGCACAUGUUCAUCGACCGCCAUCGACAGCUCCGAAUAGGGGCACGCGCAGCCGACUACCUCCAAGGCUCGGCCAUAACACGAAUCCCCAGCUAUCGCUACCGCUACAGACGUCGCUCGCGCUCCUCCUCCCGCUCCACAGACCCGUCACACUCCCGCGACACCUCGCCGGUGGGCCUCAAGGGCUUCAGCGCGCUGCCAUCCACGGAGAUCUCCAUGUACACGCUGCCCCGGGACACCCUCAAGUCCUCCGGCACGCCCACCGCCACCUACAACUCUGAGAGGGACCACAACUUCCUGCAAGUCCACAACUGCAUCCAGAAGGACCUGAAAGACUCGAGCCACACCAACACAGCGAACCGCCGCACCACGCCGGUAUGAGGGAGUGGACACAGGCCAGGCCAGCCAGGCAGAGACCAGGAGACACGGGAACCCCUGUGGGUGCAGUACACCCCAGGAGAAUAUGGAUUUCCAUGUUUAUAGACAUUUGUUCUUUUUGUUCAGCUGCAUGAUUUUUCCAUUACCAUUGUUGAGAGAGUUUCAACAAGUCUGCUGUGUUCCUGGAUUGAAUGGCAGAGCAGUGAGAAUGGGUCAGGUUGUCCCAAGAGAGCGAGAUAUGUCAUUUUUUGUUUGUUUAUGAGGUUUGGGGCAAUGCAAGAGAGGGUGGGAGGGGGUGGGCAUUUAAGAGAAACAGGAUUGAUUUCAUGAUUUCAUAGUCCUUUGGUUGACAGUUUUGCCCCACAAGUUUGGUCGGGGCAGCGGGUGAAGCUCGCCCCCCAGCCAGCCCACCUCUCAGAUAUACACCUCUUUUAUUUAUUGACCCAUUUGUUCAUUUUUUGCAUUAAAACUGUGAAUUGUUACAGUUUGGGAUUCAGUAAGAAUUAGCCCAAUCUGUAAUCUCUAACGAAGGUACUAUAUAUAUAUGUAUUACUUUUAUAAAUAAAUUAUUACGUUAAUAAUCAAGAGUUACACAAGUUACCGAAGCAAAAAAGAAAAAAAACAAGUUAACUAAACCAAGUGCUGUUGUUAAGAUGAGAAAAGACUCUUUUAAUAUCUGAACAUUUGAAGGUUGAGAACAAGAGAUGGUCCUUUAGGUAACAGCAGUACACAGCGACUGGUGCCACCAGAGGCAGAUGCAGACCGUCAACAGUAGAAUAAUAUCUAUUCUUUUAAUAGAACCUUCUCGUCUUUUUCUCAGUCCCUGUUCGCUUUCUUUUUUGGGGGGGUCGUAAGAGGAGAGUUGAACCCCUUUAACAGAAGGAGUCAGCAAAAGGGGUCAAAGUUCACAAAGCAAAGACUCCAAACACGACUUCUACAAGAUAAAAAGGAAGGAGCAGAGGGGAAGGAAAAGAAGAGGACGCCAAACACCAAAAUAAAAACAAGUUAAAUAUGAAAUAGUACAAGAGAAGCUAAGUGACUCACAAUUUCAGAAAUUAAAUGCAUGCUAUAAAAUUACAGCAAAUUUGCUCUUGAGAAACUUAAGUUUUAAAGGUUAAUAAUUAUAAGGGGAAAAAAAGAAAAGACGCUAAAAUUUAAAGUAGUAAUGUUUUCAUGUGUAUUUUUCUUAUGUUUUCUUUUUUAUUUAUUUAGUUCAUUUUAUCUUAUUGCUUUUGUGAGACAAACCAAACAAUCUACAUUGAACAAAACUGCUUUUUUAAAUGGUUUGGUUGAUUUCUUUAUAAAUAUAUAAAUAUAUGUAUGUAUGUAUUUUAUUUUUAAAACUCACACAGCCUUAGUCAUUUCUUUGUUUCUUUUGAUUUUUAAUGUGUUGUUCAAACUGAAAAUGAAAUCUUUAAAGGUGCCAAAACCGAAUGAUCCUAUACUUGGAUGCAUCAAGUUCUGAUGAAUAAAAUACGAACCCUAGG